CCGGCAUGGAGGACCGGGGGGGCGGCUGGAGGGACGACGAGAGACCCUGCGAAGACGAGGAGGCGGAGGAGGGCGAGGACGCGGACGCGGACGCGGCGGCAGCGGCAGCGCGAGAAACAGCGGCGGCCGUUGGGGAGGCCGGGGCGGCGGCGGGGUCCGAGUCAGACUGGUCUUUCAUCGACUGCGACAUGGAGUCGAUCUCGCUGCAGGAUCUGCCCAGCGCGCUCAUCGCCUGCAGCCUGCCUUUGGGAGUCUUCUUCGUGGACGGCCCGUGCAGGGCUAGAUUUGAGGAGCUCUUUAGAACAUAUGACAAAGAUGUAACUUUUCAGUAUUUCAAAAGUUUUAAAAGAAUAAGGAUAAACUUCAGCAACCCUUUGUCUGCAGCAAAUGCUAAAGUUCAGUUGCACAAGACAGAGUUUCUUGGCAAGGAACUGAAACUGUAUUUUGCUCAGACUUUGCACAUUGGAAACUCACACUUAGCACCACCAGAUCCAGAAAAACAGUUCCUGAUUUCUCCUCCAGCUUCUCCCCCUGUUGGUUGGAAACAAUCAGAUGACGCCACACCAAUUAUUAAUUAUGAUCUUUUAUAUGCAAUCUCUAAACUAGGACCAGGAGAAAAAUAUGAACUUCAUGCAGCAACUGAUUCUACUCCCAGUGUUGUUGUCCAUGUUUGUGAUAGUGACGAGGAAGAAGAGGAAGAGGAAGAUGCAGUCAAGAAACCAAAACCAAAAAUUAUUCAAACCAGGAGGCCAGACUAUACAUCUUCUUACCAAAGCUGAAGUAGAUAGAGCUUUCUCAAGUGUUGUAAAACUGGCAUGCUCAAAGGAUAUGCUGGAGAGCUGGAUGGCGAAAACUUGGAUGACAUUAGAUGUAGAAGUGGAAUUCUAACAUAAAGAUACUUGAAGAAAGGGAAUGUCUUUAUUUCUAUGUUUUUAAUGCUCCACAUUGGCUGGAUGAGACAGAUCCCAACAUGAACUUCUUAUAUGUCUUGGAGAAGGUAAAGGCAUGGGGUGGGGCUAGAAACUGUUGGUGUGUUAGUGAGUUUUUCAGGUCAUCUAGGCCUCUGUUACAAUGGAGCCCUCUCUGUUUAUGUAUCCAUCCAAUGAUUAAUUCCUCCGAUUCAUAGAUUAGACGUUGUGGGUGCUGUUCUAAAAUACAUUCACUGGUGAAUAAGUCCCAUUGGAACCAACAGAACAUAGAAGCAUGUGUAUUUGGGAUUUCAGCUUGUACAUAGCAUGUGGUGAUUUAAAGAUGAAACAAGAGAGAAUUAAAUUUUUGUAUUAGUUUUGUGUAUGCUUAUGAAACUUCAAAAGUGUAUUUAAUUUUUUUCUGUCAUUUCUAAUUUUAUAUUGCUGAGAAAAAUGAAAAAUUAUCUCAAGUACUGACUUCCAGGGCAUCUUUCUGAAUUAUGGUUGACUUGCCAUUCGCUUUUCAGUGGGAAUGCAUUUUUAAUUUACACUUUCCAUUUUGAUGCAAUAUUCCUUUUUAAUGUCAACUGCCAGUGUUUGGUUUUAUGUGCAAUCUUAUGAAAUGAGUGCAUAUUUUUAAGUGGGAAGAUUACUUUAAAUUCUAAAUGAACCUAUUUAUAUCUGUUUAAGCCAUUUUGAUUUCAAACAAAUAUGUGAAGACCUACAGGUAAAGCUUUUGCUGUAUUAUUACAGUUCACAACAGUGAGAGAGUAUAAGCUGUAUUGUCCUAGCCACAAAUCUGUAUGUUUAUAACUGUUGCUGUUAUAUGUUGUUAGUGGUUUUUGAGCACAUUUAGUAUAUGUGGCAUUUGAGAAAGAUGGAAUGCCUUUUCCCCAUAAAUUCCUGAGGGAAUCGUUGCACUAGCUGAAAGGAUUUGCUUUGUUGUUAAUUGGCAGUGGAUAUUUGAUAUCAUUGUGUUCUGCUUAGGCAUCGGAGUAUGAUUUAACUUGUGGUGUUUGAUGCCAAGCUUGAUGCAGUUUUUUAGCGCUUUGCUAUUAAAGCAGCCUUCUCUUACCUGCUGCUAAAGGCGAGCAGCAGGUGUUCAAUUUGUUUAUAUCAUGUUUACAAAAACUAAACUGCACAGUGACACCCCACUUCAAGUGUUCCUAGGAAUUUAUUUUGAAUAUGAAUGCUAGAAAUGAAUUUUAAGAGGCUUUACAAAAAAAUAAACACACUUCACUAUUUGCAAUGACUGAGCAAAGGUGUUCUUUUUUAUGAAGAGAAAUUUCAUAGUUUUUCACAUUUAAAAAAAAUUCUUAUGGACAUCCCUGUGAUCUCUGUUUUAGGAGGAUUUGUUUGUUACCAAAAGAAAUCAGUAUGUGGUUGUCCAUUACAAAACCUAUCACCGUGUUUGGAACAAUUAUAGCUAUUGCUGAAUAAAUAGUUAUAUAAAGUCAGCAGUACAUAAUGUACUAUAUUCUGAUUUUACCCAGCCGUAUUGUUUUAUAAAGCCAUGAAGUCAAUUCAACAUAACCACAAAUGUGAGACAAGUACAUAGUUUGUAAUAAUGUAGGAUCCGAAAUGCGCCUAUUUGCAGUGUCCUACUUAUACUGAAUAAACCUUACUAUCUAUCUA